AUGGCGGGAAAAAUGACCUUGUACAAGCUGGUCGUGCUUGGAGACGGCGGUGUCGGCAAGACCGCCCUCACCAUCCAGCUCUGUCUGAAUCACUUUGUCGAAACUUACGAUCCCACCAUUGAAGACUCAUACCGCAAACAGGUUCAGAUUGACGGCCAAUCAUGCAUGCUCGAAGUGCUCGACACAGCGGGCCAGGAAGAGUAUGUCUCGUUGCGAGACCAGUGGAUCCGCGAUGGUGAAGGCUUCGUCCUGGUAUACAGCAUAUCCUCACGCGCCUCGUUCCAGCGCAUCAAGAAGUUCUACAGCCAGAUCCAACGCGUCAAGGAGUCUGCACAAGCCGGUUCACCCACCUACCCUGGCUCACCCAGUCUUUCCGCCCCCGCAUCAUCUGGUCCUGCUCCCGUCAUGCUUGUGGGAAACAAGUGUGAUCGUGUCACCGAGCGCGAGGUAUCCACCCAAGAAGGCGCUGCUCUCGCUCGUGAGCUGGGCUGCGAGUUCGUCGAGGCUUCAGCUAAGAACUGCGUCAAUGUCGAGAAGGCUUUCUACGAUGUCGUCCGUCAACUACGCCGCCAAAGACACAACUCUUCUGGUGGAAGAAGCGGUGACCGCAAGAAAGACUCUGGACGUUCGCAUACUGGUGGCAGUGGCGGAACUGUCAAAAAGUCUAAACGAUCUGGCGGAAAGUGUGUUAUUCUCUGA